AUGGGAGAAGUUAUAAACCAUAUUGAUAACAGUAGUAAUUACAAUGGACAAGAAGAAGAACAAGGAGACCCAGAGAGCAACACACUGAACCAACCUCUCGUUAAGGCUAAUAGAACACUUUCUUCCACACCACUCGCAUUGGUCGGUACCAAAGUUUCUCACAUCGAGAGCUUGGACUAUGAGGAUAAAAAGUCUUGUGGUGGAAACAGAUAUGUGACAGGUCUGAUGAUGUUUGCUGGAGCAAAUUUGGGCCUAACGUUGGUUUCCUCUGUGCUCUGUGUGUGCUUUGCUCCCACGGCAGCUGGUCCUGGCAUUCCUGAGAUCAAAGCUUAUCUUAAUGGCAUUGAUACUCCCAACAUGUUUGGUGCUACCACUAUGUUCGUUAAGAUCAUUGGAAGCAUUGGAGCCGUUUCAGCUGGACUUGAUCUAGGUAAAGAAGGUCCUCUAGUACACAUUGGAACCUGCAUAGCUUCUUUGCUUGGGCAAGGGGGUACAGACAAUCACCGGAUCAAGUGGAGAUGGCUGCGUUACUUCAACAAUGAUAGAGACAGAAGGGAUUUGAUUACAUGUGGCUCAGCAGCUGGUGUCUGUGCAGCCUUCAGGUCACCUGUUGGAGGCGUGCUUUUCGCUCUUGAGGAAGUAGCCACUUGGUGGAGAAGCGCCUUACUGUGGAGGACUUUCUUCAGCACAGCGGUUGUUGUGGUGGUACUAAGAGAGUUCAUAGAGAUCUGCAAGUCAGGGAAGUGUGGGUUGUUUGGAAGAGGAGGGCUUAUCAUGUUCGAUGUGAGUCAUGUAACGUAUACUUACCAUGUAGCUGAUAUAAUCCCUGUCACGUUGAUUGGUGUCAUUGGUGGAGUUCUUGGGAGCCUCUACAACCACUUACUCCAUAAAGUUCUUAGACUUUACAAUCUCAUCAACGCGAAGGGUAAGAUCCACAAGGUGCUUCUAAGUCUUUUAGUGUCUCUCUUCACAUCAGUUUGUCUCUAUGGUCUUCCUUUCCUAGCGACAUGCAAGCCUUGUGACCCUUCCAUUGAGGAGAGAUGCCCCACAAAUGGAAGAUCAGGCAACUUCAAACAGUUCCAUUGUCCUAAAGGUUACUACAGUGAUCUAGCUACUCUUCUUCUCACCACCAAUGAUGAUGCUGUAAGAAACAUCUUCUCCUCCAACACUCCUAAUGAGUUCAGCAUGGGUUCUCUAUGGAUCUUCUUUGUACUCUACUGCAUCUUGGGGCUUUUCACAUUUGGUAUUGCAACACCUUCCGGUCUCUUCCUCCCAAUCAUCCUCAUGGGUUCUGCAUAUGGUCGUAUGCUUGGUGGAGUGAUGGGAUCGUACACCAGCAUUGACCAAGGGCUUUACGCGGUUCUUGGUGCAGCUUCACUCAUGGCAGGGUCGAUGAGAAUGACUGUUUCACUCUGUGUUAUCUUCCUGGAGCUCACCAACAAUCUUCUUUUGCUUCCCAUUACAAUGAUUGUGCUUCUCAUUGCCAAAACUGUUGGAGACAGUUUUAACCCAAGUAUCUAUGACAUCAUAUUGCAUCUUAAGGGCUUACCAUUCCUAGAAGCAAAUCCAGAGCCAUGGAUGAGGAACCUCUCAGUUGGUGACCUUGGUGAUGCUAAGCCACCUGUUGUAACCCUUCAAGGUGUAGAAAAAGUUGCUAGAAUAGUUGAUGUGCUAAAGAACACAACACAUAAUGCAUUCCCUGUUCUUGAUAAAGAAGAAGUAGUACCUCAAAUAGAACUCCAUGGAUUGAUCUUGAGAUCUCACCUCGUUAAAGUUCUGAAAAAGAGAUGGUUCUUGACAGAGAAGAGAAGAACAGAGGAGUGGGAGGUCAGGGAGAAGUUUCCAUGGGAUGAAUUGGCUGAGAGAGAAGAUAACUUUGACGAUGUUGCCAUCACAAGCUCUGAAAUGGAAAUGUAUGUUGAUCUUCAUCCUCUUACAAACACAACCCCUUACACAGUUAUGGAGAACAUGUCUGUGGCCAAGGCUUUGGUGCUGUUCAGGCAAGUGGGACUAAGGCAUUUGCUUAUUGUUCCCAAGAUUCAAGCUUCAGGAAUGUCUCCUGUGGUGGGGAUCUUGACCAGGCAAGAUCUAAGGCCAUACAACAUUCUACAAGCUUUUCCUCACUUGAAAAAUCCAAAGGUAGGAAAGCACAAUGAAUAG